GAAAUGGCGACAGCGAAAUGCAGUUUUGCCUGUUUCACUGAAAAUUCUCCGUCAUUAUUGGAAUAUGACAGUAAGUUGGAAGCAGCAGAGUUAAAAACGUACUUACUUGGUGAAUGGACAAUGAUUGAAACUUUCGAAAAAAAAUGCCCUGAAUGUGACAAAGCAAUUGAUUUAGCACAGUUGGAAGUAGUGAGGGUGAUUCUGAGGUGUUGUCCUAGGCUGAUCCUAUUGCGAGAUGUGUUAGGACAAACCGCGCUGAUGAGUUCAGUAAUCAGUGACGCAGUUUCACUAACUAAGGCUCUUUUGGUUUAUAAAGAUGGCAAGGAGCAGUGGUUAAAUAAGCAGUUGAAAUCCGUGGAUCCGGAUUUCCGCACGGCAUUGCAUCAUGCAGCGGCUGAAGGUAAAAUACGCCAGGCGGCACUACUUUUGGAAUUUGGUGCGUCGGUAAGAGGACAAGACAGUUACGGUGCAACGCCGAUGCAUUAUGCUGCUAUCCGUGGAUUCUGUUCUACACUUAGACUGUUGUACAAGGCCAAUAAAUAUACUGAUGAAGUCCGUACAAAUAACGGUCACAGCGCAUUUAUGUGGGCAGCAAUGAAUGGUAUAGAUAUCUCGAUACGCACCAUGAUCAACGCAAAUCCAGUAGUAAAUCCGGAUGACUGUGACAGUCAGGGUUGCACUGCACUUCAUUUAGCUGCUGCAGGCGAUCAUGUUGAGGUCAUAAAUACACUGCUCCUGUUCAAAUGGAAUGCUGAGAAGCGAAAUAAGCUUGGCGAGACUCCUCUUCUAGUGGCAGCAAAAAAUGGUAGUGCAAAAGCUGUACGACGUUUUCUGCAUGUUGGUGUUGAUCAUUCCAGUCAAGACAAAUUCAAAAACACAGCCCUUCAUGUGGCGGCAGAUUCGGAUGGCAAGAAGGAAACCCUUCGUCAGCUCUUGUAUUAUUUAAAGGAUUCAUCUUUGUUAAAUAUGCGGAACGAUAUGGGGCAAACACCACUGCACUGUGCUACUGAAUAUAACGCCGUGCAAUGCGUACGAUAUUUGUUAAAAUGCGGGGCAGAUCCUCUCAUAAGGGAUUAUCGUGGAUGGGAUCCUCUAAUGGUUGCAAUACAACAAGGCUGCUGGUCUACAAUCAUUUUAAUGCUCAAGAAUUCAUCAAAUAUCAAUUGCUAUUCAAUCGCUGACAACCAAACAACAUUAUCAUUAGCUUUAGAAAAGAAAAACUACAUUCUUGCCUCAUUUCUAGAAAAGAACGGUGCAUUGUUAGCUAAUGAAAUACAAGAUACGGCUGCACGAAUAAUUCAAUGCUGGUACCGCGCUCGGAGCGUUUCUCGACGUCACUGACAUAUAAUACAAACACCUCAACUUGGAAGAACCGGCUUCUUUCCAUCAUCACAGCGGUCGUCGC